GCGGCGCGGUGGCUGGCGCGCGCUCGGCUCCGGGCCGCUGAGGGGCGGGGGAGAGCUCGGAGUGACUCUGGGAGCUCGGGCGGCACAGACGUGAACGCUUCUCCUUCUGCCACAGAGCCCGGGGGAGCCGGCCCCUCCUCGCCGCCAGGCAGGCUGGGCGGCUGCUCCGCGUCAGGCACCGCAUCUCCGAACCGGCUCACGCUGCCCGGAGAUGCCUCCUGUGGGGGGGAGCAGCAGGCUGCACCCUGCCCCUGGGGGCGCGAGCCCAGGCGCGGAGAGCGCCUGCGCGGGGCGGGUUCUCCGGAACCCUCCCUCAGCCGGCGGGGGCCGCCAUUUUGGCUCUGGCUCUGGGGACAGGAGCCCAUAGGAUAAAGCGCGAGCCGAGCGUUUUUCGCUUCCUCACUGCGGCGUUGGCACAGCAGCCGCCCAACGCCAGCGCCCUGGGCCUGGCUGCGCCCGCCGCCGCUCUGCGCGCCCCCGGGCCCCGCUGCCGGCCGGAGAGCGAGGCGGGAAGGAUGCCCCGCACGCCCCGCCGCUGAGAGAGAAGCAGCGGCCCGACCGCCGCUCCCGCCCCACCCGGCUGCACGCUGGGCCUCCGCCUGCCCGGCCACAGGGAUUCCUUUCCCGGCCGUGCCCUUAGGUCCCCCGCCCGGGCUUGCGGUCGCUUGGCUUUCCCCGGCCAGGCGUUUCUCUCUUCGGGUCUCUCCGGCCGGGCCUUCGGGCUCCCCCGCCCGUUGCCAUGUCCUCGGCCGCUCGCUUCGACUCGUCGGACCGCUCCAGCUGGUACGUGGGCCCGCUGUCGCGGGCGGAGGCGCAGACGCGGCUGCAGGGGCAGCGGCACGGCAUGUUCCUGGUGCGGGACUCGUCCACCUGCCCGGGGGACUACGUGCUGUCGGUGUCCGAGAACUCGCGGGUCUCCCACUACAUCAUCAACUCGCUGCCCAGCCGCCGCUUCAAGAUCGGCGACCAGGAGUUCGAGCACUUGCCGGCGCUGCUGGAGUUCUACAAGAUCCACUACCUGGACACCACCACGCUCAUCGAGCCCGCGCCCAGGUAUCCAAGUCCACCAAUGGGAUCUGGAUCAGCCCCUACCAUUCCCACUGCAGAAGAAAAUCUGGAAUAUGUUCGGACUCUCUAUGACUUUCUUGGGAAUGAUGCUGAAGAUCUGCCAUUUAAAAAGGGUGAGAUACUGGUAAUUGUAGAGAAGCCUGAAGACCAGUGGUGGAGUGCCAGAAACAAAGAUGGUCGUGUUGGGAUGAUCCCUGUUCCUUAUGUAGAGAAGCUGGUGAGAUCAUCCCCUCAUGGGAAACAUGGGAACAGGAAUUCCAACAGCUAUGGUAUUCCAGAACCUGCCCAUGCUUAUGCUCAACCUCAGACCACGAGUCCCCUUCCCUCUGUAUCCAGUACACCGGGAGCAGUGAUCAACCCUCUGCCAUCAACACAGAAUGGACCGGUCUAUGCCAAAGCUAUUCAAAAAAGAGUACCAUGUGCUUAUGACAAGACUGCCUUGGCAUUAGAGGUUGGAGACAUUGUGAAGGUUACAAGGAUGAAUAUAAAUGGUCAGUGGGAAGGUGAAGUCAACGGCAGAAAAGGGCUCUUCCCUUUCACGCACGUCAAAAUAAUUGACCCUCAAAACCCAGAUGAAAAUGAGUGAUUCCUGUUGCCCAGCUUACACUGCUGCUUCAUUUUUUCUGGCUAUGAUAAGCAUCAUUUGAGGUGGGGAUGAUGACUGUUAAUGGCACAUUGCUAGCAUUGUCCAUUUUUCUAGCUUGCUGCAGUUUGAUGGUUCUUUUUAUACACAUUUGGAAUGCACGCCACUGAAGUCAUGUGCUGACCAUACCAUAGUUGCAUCAUCCAGACUGUAGUAUCACUUCUAGAACUAUUUUGGCCCUUAAGCUGGAGAGGACAAACCAUACAGGCAGAUGAUAAAUAGGAGCAAGAAAAUAAUCUUUCCUGUUUGAGGCUUUCAGGAACAGCAUGUUUUGGCUUACUCAGUAGGAGGGGAGUUCUAAUCCUCAGAUCAAAUAUGAAACUUUUGAAUCACUGUCCAAACAGAGCAACAACAGAAAAACUGCAAUUUUGUGGCUGAGGAAGGGAAGACCUGAAUUUGAGAUCAGAUUUGUCCUAAGAUAAUAUAGUUAAAACAAGUCUCUUUAUACACAAUAAUUGGAACUCUUGUGCAGCUAUUUUAACAAGGCUAUUUUUGUGAUACAACUCUAAGCUUGCUGUUGACUUAGAAAUAAAGUUUGUGUGAUUAAAGUAAAGACAUUUAUAAGAAAACUUUAGUUGACAUUGUAAAUGGUAGCCCAUUUUGUCAUAUACAUAAAACCAAUUCUGCAGAAUAUUGAAUGCAAAUAUAAAAGUUCCUGGAUGAUUUGCAAGCACUAGAACUGUAGAAACGAGCUUUAAAAGAGAAACACUUAAGCCUGGUCUACACAGACUUUUGUGCUGGUAUAGCUCUUGAGGAGUAUAAGGUUUUGGUGUGUUGUUUUUUGUUUUUUUUUUUAAACAGUUUUACUAGUACAACCUGGUUUGGGGGAGGGGAUGAAGAAAUAAAGGUGCCUUAUACUGACAUAACUUAUCAGUAUAAUUGCAUCCACACCAGGGGGUUGUACCACUUUAAACUUUUAUAGGUAAACAGAGCAACUUGUGCAGAUGAGCCCAACUCCAUGACCUUCUGCCUGCCUCUUUUUAAAUGAAUUUAAAAAUUUAAAUAAAUAAAAAUACCAUGUGUAAAAUUAUGCUUUUUUUUAAACCCCUGGGAGGGUCUGUUUAUAUCUUCCCUACAGAAGAUGACAACUCUAAAUAAGAGGAGGAUGUACUCUUAUCCACUUUAGGUAUUACGGAUGCCUUCAAGCUUAGCAAAAGAUGCAGAAAUCAAAACUUUGCUUUCAGCAUUUAGAGGAACUUAUGUGAAACAUUAACACUUAAAAGAAUACAUGUUCUGACAUAAAAUGAAAAAAAUACUUUUAGGGCUGUUGAGCCCUAAGCACGUGUUGCUCUGAACUCUGUAUUGAAGUGCCUUGAAAUUCUUGGAGAAGGCACUGAAGAAUGUUUUAAAAAAAAAAAUUUGCAGCCACUGUUCAUUUUUAGAAAAGCAUCUCAGCUUACCUGUUAAUAUUCUGUAGUGCUCAUCAAAUAGCUGACAGUCUGGAGAAACUCUUCUUAAAGCAUUUUACUGCCAACCAAACUUACUGUGAAAUAGAGUAGGCAUUGACUAAAAGUGUGUGGUGCUGUAGGCAAUAACUGUCCUUUGCAAUGGAAACAGUUAUGCAGCUCUAGAAAGCGAGUGUCCCUGUUUGCGUCCGGACCCUACUGUAAGUUAUGAAGCUCAUACUACUGAAAGUUAUCUUGUACUUAAAUGGCACUAAACUCAGUCUGCAAUAAGGAUAUCUUAUUUUGGCCCUGGCCUAGCUGUCAUCAGUGUAGAGUUUUUCAUUUUUUAAAAACCCCCUAAACAUGAUUAAUUUGGAAAAUUAUUUAUCAAAAAUAAGCAUUUCCUUACACACUCCCUCAUUGGAUAUACUGUGUACCUGGACCACUGUAAGCACUGUCCUGGGUUAAACUAAUCUCGUGCUCCCCCAAAGACUAAUCUGUCUGCAAAAAUCUCAGCCAGUGUCAAUACAAGAAAGCACAGAAGAAUACCUAAAAAAGCGUGAACCUAGUUUUGGACCACUUAAAUGGCUCUCUGUGUCUACCACCACCUCUUUUACUAAAAUUACAUCAAACAGUCUGAUUGUAAACUUGCAUCAAAAUGUCUUCAUUAUUUUAUAGAGACUACAUUUGAUCAGUUUGUGUUUCUCCUUCAAAGAUUGGUUUCUUGAGAUCGUCUGUUGCUUUUGAGCGCCUCUUCCAAACAACAGCUACACUGACAGUUAUCUAUCAAGGAAUUUUUGGAGUAUAAAAUAUACUUAAUUUUAUCAAGUGACGGCUUCAAUCUAUGCACCAUUAAAUGGAUUAUGUUCCACAUUUAAUUUUUAUGUAGGUGUCUGGGUUUCAAACUAGCAGUGUUGUCAAAACCAUUAAUCAUGAAAGUGACUUUUUCUCUGGUGUACAUGUGUAUAUACAUUGAAGCCUCUGAUUAGAACAGUUUUCAUUUUAACUUUUCAUACUGGUCAGUGUCUAUCACUGGAUAAGCACUAACUCAAUUUAUAAUUGUUUACAGAUCAGGCAGGAAUAAAUAAAGGGACUAUAUCCUGUUUGGGUUGGGGCUCUGAUUAUAUUUGUAAAGGGAAAAAAAUGCAUUCUUUGUGCCAUUUCAUGUGCCUGUAAUUAACUUUUUAUAUUGUAUUAACAUCCUGGGAACGAGUGGGCUUUUUGUUUAUAGUCAAGUUUUCAAGCAUUUCCAAACUAUCUGCAUUUGAAAAAGUGAGAGCUGCCUAAAACGACAGCCUCUUGGGACCAGUAGAAGUGUUCCUGUGUAGUUGUCAUUUUCUGUUUACUUACAUUUUCAUUUAAAAUGUGUUCUGGGAAAAGGAAAUUUUUUGCAGUGGGAAAGGUGGCCUUCUAUUUGAGACAGUCUUCACUGUGUAAACAUUAAAACAGUUACUCUGAAACCUGUCAUUAAAACAGUAUGUAAUUUAAAGACCAUGAACUUCAGGCAAUAAUAAGCAAGCUUUUAAAGUUUAUUUUGGGGAUCAUAGCUUGUUUUAUUUUUUGUGCUGUAAAAUUAACAGUAUUAAAUGAAUUAUAUUCCUAGACUA